AUGAGAUACCAAUGGAAUGAGGGGCGUGAUGCAGAGAGCCUCCGGGAAAAGGGUAUCGAAAUCGAAGACCUCUCCAUCAAAUUUGAACGGGGCAGGAAUGCCGCGCGGCCUUCGGUAUCUGGCUACUUUCGCAAGUACAGGGCAUCAAGUGAACCGGGUCCUAAGCUGGGAGUAGCGGGAGAUGUCUGGGUGGACCUGUCUCAGCACGAACUUUAUGCAAGAACGAGUCGGGAGUGGGUCAAGUGGCCCGGUGUCAAUAUCCCAAACGCCGACACGAAGGCGACCUGGAGCGAGUUCGAGGCGCAUCUUCUGAAAUACCCGGUAGGAUCGUUGGGCUGCAGUAUACCCCAGAGCUCGGUUCGAUAUCUCUGGUGCAAUGCGCAGGGCGUUCAUUGGUGGACUUUGGACGAGAUAUCCGCUGACAGGGACAAGCUCCUCGAGGGCGAUCCAGCCCUGCGCGAUAACGGGAGAUGGAUAUUGAAAAGGCUCGUCGGGGACACGGAGACGCUCGUCGACUCCCCGGGUCACACCCAGGACCAGGAUGAUGAUGCUACGGCUAAACGCCCGAUUGAAGCCGAGGUCGACGAGAGUCAUAGUGCACAAGAUCCAUCUACUUCUCGCGCUCCAGCCAAGAAGAAGCAGCGGGUAGCACGCAGCUCGAUCAUCAACGCCAGCAGAGUUUUAUCGGCUGCCGACGAGGCGAAUCCAGAAGAGUCUCUUGAACGCAUAUCCGGGUAUAUUGAUGCCCUUCAAUCGAAGCUGAGAGAAGCGCGGCAGCAAGCCACGAAGUACGAAACCAUGUACAACGACCUCAACAAACACGUUGACACUCUUGAAGAGGCAUUGGUAGAAUCCCGAGAGAGUGCACGAAAACAUGAGCAGGCUGCGAAGGAUGCCCAGGACCGCUUCUCCGCCAUUGCGAGCGCCCGGCAACAAGCAGCACAGAUCUUGAAACGCAAAUCCUAG